CCGGCGGGAGGAGGAAGAGAGUACGGGACCCGAGCCCCCGGGGGCGGAGACCGUCUCCCGGAGCAAAGCCGCGCGGUCCGCGCCGAGCCUCGGGACAAUGGGGCCGCGGCAGCUGCUGCUCGUCGCCGCGGGCCUGAGUCUGUGCAACCCUUUGCUGUCGGCCCGCACUCGAGGCCGCAAGCCAGAGUUAAAAGCAACAAACGCUUCUGUGGAUCCCCGGUCAUUUUUUCUCAGGAAUUCCGAUGAUAAAUUUGAACCCAUCCCAGACAUGGACUCUGAGGAGAAAAAUGAAAGUGGGCUACCUGGAGACAGAUUGAGCCCCAUCAAUGCCAGCCGUCCUCUUCAGAAUCGGCCCCCUGUGUACAUCUCGGAAGAUGCCUCUGGAUACCUGACCAGCGCCUGGUUGACUCUCUUUGUCCCCUCCGUCUACACUGGCGUGUGUGCAAUAAGCCUCCCUCUGAAUAUCAUGGCCAUCGUUGUGUUCAUCUUGAAGAUGAAGAUCAAGAAGCCGGCCGUGGUGUACAUGCUACACCUGGCCUUGGCCGAUGUGCUCUUCGUGUCCGUGCUCCCGUUUAAGAUCAGCUAUUACUUUUCUGGAAGCGACUGGAAAUUUGGGUCUGAGAUGUGUCGCUUUGUCACUGCGGCCUUUUACUGUAACAUGUAUGCUUCCAUCAUGCUCAUGACAGCCAUCAGCAUUGACCGGUUUCUGGCUGUGGUGUAUCCCAUGCAGUCUCUCUCCUGGCGUACGAUGAGGCGGGCGUCCUUCACCUGUAUAGUCAUCUGGGCUCUGGCCAUCGCGGGGGUGGUGCCUCUUCUCCUCAAGGAGCAAACCACCCAGGUGCCGGGGCUCAACAUAACCACCUGCCAUGACGUGCUCAAUGAAACCCUGCUCGAGGGCUAUUACGCGUAUUACUUCUCGGCCUUCUCUGCUGUCUUCUUUUUUGUGCCGUUGAUCAUUUCCACAAUCUGUUAUGUGUCUAUCAUUCAGUGUCUUAGCUCUUCCACAGUCGCCAACCGGAGCAAGAAAUCCCGGGCUUUGUUCUUGUCCGCUGCUGUUUUCUGCAUCUUCAUCAUUUGCUUUGGACCCACAAACAUCCUCCUGAUUCUGCAUUACGCGUUCCUUUCUCCUGACCCCACCACAGAGGCCGCCUACUUUGCCUACCUCCUCUGUGUCUGUGUCAGCAGCAUCAGCUGUUGCAUUGAUCCCCUGAUUUACUAUUAUGCUUCCUCUGAGUGCCAGAGGUACCUCUACAGCAUCUUAUGCUGCAAAGAAAGUUCUGAUCCCAGUAGCAGCAGCGGUCAGUUGAUGGCAAGUAAAAUGGAUACCUGCUCUAGCAACCUGAAUAACAGCAUAUACAAAAAGCUGUUAACUUAGGAAAGGGCUGCUGGAGGGUUACAAAGAAAAGUUUUAAAAAGCAAAGAACCUGAGGAUGCUAUUAGUCCUGCCCCAAAAGUAUUUACUUUACCAUCCUAAACGACGAAUGUGUGAUUUGCAUGCCUCCUUCUUAAGAGGGCCAUUAAGGACAUAUAUUUGUUAGUUACAGAAAAAGAUAUCAUGAAUAGAAAACAGUGUUAUUCCAAGGCAAUAUUGCCAGUGCUACAAUAAUAACUGAAUGUUACUUGUCGAUACAUUUAGGUGACUUGCAUACAUAUGUUGUAUAUAUACUCACACACUUGUCUCAGUUGCCAUGCAGUAUGGAACAGGCACUUGGAAGCCCUCUUUUUACCCCAAGAGAUUAGGAAAAUAAACUCUGAUUCUCUGAUUUAAUAUGCAAAUUUCCGGUUGGCAGAGUUUAGCCCUGAAUAUCUGAAGAUGUCCAUCAGUAGUGAGGGAUUCUGUAGUUUGGACUUACACAGCUUUUGCAAAUAAGUUUAUUUUGAAAUUGUUCAACAGCUUGAGGUUAUUGAGAGAUAAGAGUGCUAUUUGUGUGUGAAAAAAACGUUCUACUGUUUUUCAUUUUAAACAUAUCAAAGUUUGCAUUCUUGAUAUGAGUAGCAUGUUUGAUGUUUUACACACUGUAUAUGUAAACCAGAAAUGAGCAUAGGUCCCACCAGUGACCUGAGGUUGCCUUUCAAAGUAACCUGCCCUGGAUGGAGGACGCCAAGCAGUACUUACAAGGCAGGGUUGGUCCAGACACCCUCCAGCUGUGCCUCCCAGAGAGUGGAGGGAUCGGGACACACUUGCUCUCUCUCCUGGGGUCCCUUUGGGGGUUUGCUCUGAGUGGAUCAUGUUUAGUAGAAACUGGCAGAGGAGGAUGUGCUAUCCCAGGAGAUAAUGACUAUGAAAGACUUCUCUGCCCGUUCAUUUUAAGAACAGAGAAAGCAUGUUCACUUCCAGCAGUUAUCCUGCAAGGUCCAUUCUCAGACGGAAGCACCCAUUCAGCAAGCAUGAAUACCCAUUAUGUGCUUCGGGCACUCUGAUGGUGCUGGGCAAUAGCGUUGGAUAAGGCUAGGACCUGCCCUCAAGGCUUAUUGAUGAAAAUAUACUUCCUAUAUUAUAUUGUGAUAUAUAGGACCUGUCCUCAAGAAUAACAAAGUAGCCCUGGCUGGUUUGGCUCAGGGCUAGAGCAUCAGCCUGCGGUCCAGAGAGACCCGGGUUUGGUUCCCGCUAAGGGCACGUACCUCGGUUG